UUAGCUUCUGGAUCGAAUUUUCUCUGCUCUCUUCCUGCAACUCAGACGCUGUCGCCAUUCAUGGUGGGGCUAUUUCACUCGAAGCUCCAAACCAGCCGGUUAUCACCUUCGUAAUCUCAAGUUCUCACUCUCUGCGGCUUUCCGGGUCAAAGUCAGUCACGAACUAGCGAAUCGGUCGAUCGCCGAAUAAGUCGCGAAGCCCUCAUCACUCGUGAAAAGCUAUGGCAGUAGAGGAGUGGUGGAAGCAUGAGAUGGGUACUGGAAGAAGGGCUUUUGUGAUGGUGUUGGUGGGAAUAUGUCUGCUUCAUGGAUUGGGUAUUCUUUUAUUCACUAGAGGCUUUCUUCUCACUCGCACUGAGCUUUCACAUUACAGCCAGUGCUCUGAUAUCCACCAUUCUCCCUGCUUUCCACCCUCUUCUUCAUCCGUUCCCAAUCGAAAUGAAGAAGAAACGGUCAAAAGUUCUCCCCAUGUUCAUACUCAAAGCCGAAGUUGUUGGACCAAACAAUCUGUUGAUCGCCUUGUCAUCGUUGUUCUAGAUGCCCUCAGGUUUGACUUUGUUGCUCCCAGCACAUUUUUUCAAGAUAGAAAACCAUGGAUGGACAAAUUGCCCGUGCUGCAUAAGCUCGCCACUCGACCAGGUUCAUCUGCUAGGAUCUUCAAAGCUAUUGCCGAUCCACCUACCACCAGUUUGCAGCGUCUAAAAGGCUUGACAACUGGUGGACUUCCAACUUUUAUUGAUGUGGGAAAUAGCUUUGGUGCUCCUGCAAUUAUUGAGGAUAAUUUAAUAUAUCAGAUGGUUCACAAUGAAAAGCAAGUGUUGAUGAUGGGAGAUGACACUUGGGUGCAGUUGUUCCCUAAACAUUUUAACAGAUCUUUUCCAUUCCCUUCCUUCAAUGUUAAAGAUCUUCAUACAGUAGACAAUGGCUGUAUCGAGCACAUUUUUCCUUCCUUGUACAAAGAUGAUUGGGAUGUGCUUAUAGCACAUUUUCUUGGAGUGGAUCAUGCUGGACAUAUAUCUGGUGUUGAUUCUACUCAAAUGAUAGAGAAGUUGGAGCAAUACAACACGAUUUUGGAGCAAAUUGUUGAUGUGUUGGAGAGCCAGAGUGGACCGGGAGGAUUACAUGAAAAUACUAUGCUUCUUGUGAUGGGUGAUCAUGGGCAAACUGUCAAUGGUGACCACGGUGGAGGGACUGAUGAAGAGGUUGAGACAUCACUAUUUGCCAUGAGUUUUAAGAAGCCUCCAUUUCCUUCACCAUUGGAAUCUGACACUUCAUCUUGCCAACUUGACUUGGAUGGAAAUAGGAUGUGCAUCAGCUCCAUCCAACAGCUUGAUUUUGCAGUCACAGUGUCUGCUCUGCUUGGAAUUCCCUAUCCAUUUGGAAGCAUUGGACGUGUUAAUGCUGAACUAUAUUCACUAGCCACUGGUACGUGGAAUUCAGAAAGUUUUGACGGUGGUAGUCAUCAAGACCAAUUGGGGAAGUGGAUGCAGAAUUAUGUCAAUGUGCUCUGCAUCAAUGCAUGGCAGGUGAAGAAUUACAUUGAUGUGUAUUCAGCUUCAUCACUAAUUGGAUUUUCAGACAAAGAUUUGUCACAUAUUGAUGACCUCUAUGAUCUGGCGCAAAACAUGUGGUCACAUACCAAAGAUGCUCUAGUGCAAUGUGGAAAUGGGAAUUGCUCUACUUCAUUACCUUCACUCAAGGAGCAAAUUAAUGCUUAUUCUAAUAUUUUGGCUAGUAUUACUACUCUAGCCCGAUCAAAAUGGACAGAAUUUAAUUUAAAGAUGAUGGGUGCUGGUUUUGUCAUAAUGUUGCUUUCUCUUCUUCUCCAUGUCAUCAUCAUCACGAAGUUGAACAAGCAAUGUGGAUUGCAUUUUCCUUACUGCGGCAACUUUAGGAUAUCCUUUGAGGUUACUUUUGCUUAUAUUACUGUCUUGAUCCGGGCAUUUAGUUUUCUUUCAAACAGUUUCAUUUUGGAAGAAGGCAAAGUGGCUAGUUUUCUUUUAGCAACAACUGGAAUUCUUCAGUUACGCCAAGCAAUAGCUGCUAAGAAGAUGCAAUCAGAAGCUCUACUUUUUGUUUUCCUGGUCCCAUUCCUCAGAUUUGGAAUUGAAGUAGGGCAGUCAAAGCAGGCAGUCAAUUCAUUAUUUUUGAAGACGUUUCCUUCAUGGACUCUAGGAUUUGACAAAGAUACUAAAUUCUGGAUUUAUGCGGCUGAUCUCUUACCAAUACUAGCUCUUUUGUUUUUAGCAUUUAUAGUAUACAAGAGCUCCUAUCAGGGCAUUUCAAAGUAUAUUGUUGCAGGAACUAUAUGUAGCUAUUUGCUUAUGGCUGUAGAUUGGGCUAUGGACACUAACUUGUUUGGUUUAAGCAUGACGAAUGGCAGCUCUAAAGGAAACUGGAUUCCCCGAAUAGUCUAUCUUUUAGGUAUUUUGCAAGUUUCAUUUUUGGCUACUGCUCGAUGUUCUGGUAAACAGAGGACCUCCGAUUGGGAGAGAUGCAAUACUAAAACAUUGUCAAUGUUAUUCGCUUGGAGUUCAACAAUCAUCAUUCUAUCUGGAAAGCAAGGGCCUUUGGUUGCUUUAGUAGCAGUGGUUGAAGGUUGGUGCAUACUUAGGCUGAUGAGAUUAGAAGAAACUGUGGGUUCAACAUUGUAUUCCCCUCCAGUAACCAAAUGGAGCCUAUUAGCUGUGUGUCUAUUUUUCUGCACUGGUCACUGGUGUACGUUUGAUGGGCUCCGGUAUCCUGCUGCUUUUGUUGGGUUUGAUGAAUUCAACCUUGUUCGCCAAGCUAUCCUACUAACUAUUGACACCUUCGGCUUUUCUCACAUUGUUCCAAUUAUUGGACUUCCAUUUCUUGUUGCCUGCCAACGUCCUUUGAAGAAAACAGACCAGAAGAAGCAAGUAUUUUACAUUAACUUGUUACAAGUAUAUUUGAUUUAUGGACUUACUUUGGCUACAACCACAACGCUUACUAUCUUAUCUGUUGCAAUACAAAGACGGCAUUUGAUGGUAUGGGGAUUAUUUGCUCCAAAAUUUGUUUUUGAUGCUUUGGGUCUUCUUCUGACCGAUUUCUUGAUAUGUCUGGCAUCACUCUACUAUUUCACCAACUGAUCAUUCAUCGGAGAAUCUACUUGGAAGUAGCUGAUUGACCAACUUUUGGAUAUGAAAAACAAGCCAAAUUAAAGCUCCCAAAUGUAUUAUUCUUUCCCUAUGUGUUUUUGAAUUGAAGAGCAGACUGGUAGAAGACGAAGAAACUCCUCUGAGAAGCCGAAGCAAAAGUUGAAGAUCAAUCAAUUGCUUCUAACCUGCAAUUUAUCUUAUGUCUUCACAACUCCUAUAAUUUAAUUACACCUUUUUUUUUUUUUUUUAUUCUUUUUUUUUUUUUUUUUUUUUUAUAGUUGAAUAUUUAGAAAUACUAUGUACAAUUACAAUCAGAAUAUAUCUAUAUAAAGUAUAAUUACAUUUUCCUUUA